CUUCCGGCAACAACAAAGACACGUGUGUGGCUCCUGUGUAAUGGACUCAAGUCGCCUUCAUGGGCGAGGACGCCUCAAUAUAACAGAGGAAUCAGCUCGAAACGUGGACGAAGAUGAAUCAAGACACACGUCGUAUACAAGCGUCCUGUUACAGCUUGCAACUGGAUCAGUUUGUGGCGGGUAUUUUGGGUAUGCAGCAGGGAAGGGUAAAGCAUUUGAACCCUCUGCUGUCACAGCUCAGCUUUUCUUGGAGAGAUUCCUGCUGCUGAAAAUGUUGCUUGCUGCCAUAGCAACAAGUAUGUUCUGCUUGUCCUUGAUGGCCAUGAUUCCGGCAACGAGUGAACACUUCCAGCGAGCACGACAACGCUUCCAGCUGCGCUUCCUUGACAAGGGUGUUGUCACAAGCAUCAUCGGUGGAGGAAUUCUGGGAGCAGGGAUGACAGUCUCAGGAGCAGCCCCAGCCAUGGUGGCAGUACAGCUUGGAGCAGGGGUCAGGUCUGCAGGUGUCACGCUGGCUGGGUGCUUGGUGGGAGUUGUCCUGUACGGGAUGUUGGAGCCGUUUCUCACAAACAUCUUGAAGCCGAGACAACUUUACAUGCAAUAUUUCCUCCAGGACACGCAGGGUGCACCGUACUUCACGCUGUCACUCCCUCUGGCAGCCAUGGUCUCCAUGGCGGCGUUUGCCCUGAGCUGCUGGACCCCUGGGAUAUGGAAGUGGACGUGCUCCAAGAGUGGGUCUGUCAGAGUGGAGUUGAUGUGGUCCCCCCACCUGUGUGGUGUAGUGAUGGGGAUGUUGCAGGUGCCCCUUGUGGUGAUGCUACAUGACACUCUAGGGGGAUCCACUAGCUUCUGCACCGUGAUGUCCCAGGUGCUGAUGUCAAGGUGGAUGCGGAGGAAAAUGCCGUAUCUUGCCAGGUUCCGAUCAGGGGUAUCACACUGGUGGCAGGUCCUGUUUAUGCUGUCUUCUGUGAUUGGAGCAUACAUUUCAAAAUCAGCCAAUCAGAAUGUGCCAACAGGUGUCAGUGAAUUGUCUGCAUUCAUUGGAGGAGUUCUAAUCAUGUUUGGGGCAAGACUUGCCUCUGGAUCCACAAGUGAUCAUAUCAUCUCUGGAAUAGGACUUUUAUCUCUCCACUCUCUCGUGUGUGUCCCAGCUAUCGUCGUCGGUGGUGUUUCUGCUGGGCUGGUGCUGUCGUAGUACACAGUAACAUGAAUGGGAGGGCAUGGAAACUGUGUGUUGUGGUGAAGGUUCUUGGUUGUCACAGUGAUAACAGAACACGUCUGAGCAGGUGGUCCUGCGACUGCUGGUGUUGAUGGAUGGUGUUGAUGGAUGGUGUUGAUGGAUGGGACUGUAAGUCAACUACUGGUGUUAAUGUUUGUCUACAGAUGUGGACAGCAAGUCCUACAGCUGUUGGUGUCAAGGUCAUGUGUGUAGGAAGUUCAAGGACAUCCACAGUGGAUUAAAGUGCUAGCUAUCUGUUGCUACUCAUGUCUGUACACAGAUGCUGUGAAGGACAGCUGGGUAUGCAACUGCUGGUGUCAAGGUCAUCUGUGUAGGUAGUUCAAGGACAUCAACAGUGGAAGAUCUACCAGCUAUCUGUUAGUGCUGGUGUGUGCAUACAGAUGCUGUGAAAGACUAUAGGAAGUUUGACAGGGAGGAGACUUCAACAAGAGAUACCUACACCAUGAUUGUGUCCUGAUACCUGUAUAUGGGAAGACAUUGGCAAGACAUGAAAUCUCUAGGAUUGUGUGUUGAUGAUGGAUGUACAUUUGGGAGGAAAACCGAAAGAAUUUUUUCCCCCAUAAUUGUGUACAUCUUAACAGUGAAGUAGAACCUUGUGAAUUUGAACUCAGAUAUUUGAAUUUCAUUAGUAACAUUAAACUCAGCUGUUACAACCAUGUAACAUUGACCUCAGUAGUAACCUUGUAGUAACAUUGAACGUAGGUGUUAAAAUCUUUGUAGUAACAUUGAACUUAAAUGUUAAAACCUUUGUAGUAACAUUGAACUUAGGUGUUAAAACCUUUGUAGUAACAUUGAACGUAGGUUAUAAAACAUCUGUAGUAACAUUGAACUUAGGUGUUAAAACCUUUGUAGUAACAUUGAACUUAGGUGUUAAAACAUCUGUAGUAACAUUGAACUUAGGUGUUAAAACAUCUGUAGUAACAUUGAACUUAGGUGUUAAAACAUCUGUAGUAACAUUGAACUUAGGUGUUAAAACCUUUGUAGUAACAUUGAACUUAGGUGUAAAAACCUUUGUAGUAACAUUGAACUUAGGUGUUAAAACAUCUGUAGUAACAUUGAACUUAGGUGUUAAAACAUCUGUAGUAACAUUGAACUUAGGUGUUAAAACAUCUGUAGUAACAUUGAACUUAGGUGUUAAAACCUUUGUAGUAACAUUGAACUUACGUGUUAAAACAUCUGUAGUAACAUUGAACUUAGGUGUUAAAACAUUUGUAGUAACAUUGAACUUAGGUGUUAAAACCUUUGUAGUAACAUUGAACUUAGGUGUUAAAACAUCUGUAGUAACAUUGAACUUAGGUGUUAAAACAUCUGUAGUAACAUUGAACUUAGGUGUUAAAACAUCUGUAGUAACAUUGAACUUAGGUGUUAAAACUUUUGUAGUAACAUUGAACUUAGGUGUUAAAACAUCUGUAGUAACAUUGAACUUAGGUGUUAAAACCUUUGUAGUAACAUUGAACUUAGGUGUUAAAACCUUUGUAGUAACAUUGAACUUAGGUAUUAAAACAUCUGUAGUAACAUUGAACUGAGGUGUUAAAACAUCUGUAGUAACAUUGAACUUAGGUGUUAAAACAUCUGUAGUAACAUUGAACUUAGGUGUUAAAACAUCUGUAGUAACAUUGAACUGAGGUGUUAAAGCAUCUGUAGUAACAUUGAACUUACGUGUUAAAACAUCUGUAGUAACAUUGAACUUAGGUGUUAAAACCUUUGUAGUAACAUUGAACUUAGGUGUUAAAACAUCUGUAGUAACAUUGAACUUAGGUGUUAAAACCUUUGUAGUAACAUUGAACUUAGGUGUUAAAACCUGUGUGUCUGAGGUUUUAUUAUAUACCCAUGUAAACUUACGAUAAUAACACAGGGUUGCAAUACGGAUGAUGUUGUCAAAUUCCGUAUUGCACCCCAGAUUCCAUAUUGAACACCUAUCGCUACGCUAUGAUUUGUUUUAUUAAGUAACAGAUUAAUGCAAGAUAAGAGGGUAUAUAAUAAAUAUAGAACGACAUACUAGUGCAUUUGGAUGUUUUGUAUUGAACUUGAAGAUGUCAUGGGAGCAGAGAAUCCAAAUGCACUAGUAUGACGCUUCUAUAUAUCUAUCAAAUAUAGCCUAUGUGACUGUACUUGUGCAGCUGUGUGUUCAAAACUAUCAAUGUAUAUGAUGUACAGUUCAGAAGAGCAGUGUUCCUUAUUUUCCUGGCAAGUGUAGUCACUGUUAUCCAUGACAAACUGAUCCCUCCAAGACUGGCCUACAAGCAAGUCAUUACCAUGUGAUUGGUACCAACCACACCAUGCUGUUUUGUUUGGGGCACCAUGUUAUCCAAGGAUUGUUGGUGCCAGUUACUGGAGUAAUGUAAGCCUUGUUUGGUUUACCUUGCAAACAUAAGACAAGACAGAAAAGCUGCAGAAGCUGUUUUAUUGAUGUUGGGGAAUGACAUGAUCACUAAUGAACACAUGCAAUUGAGUAAGAUACCAUUAAAAUGUUAAAACCAAAUAAAUUGCACCAAUGUUUCAUAUCAGCAGAAUAACUAUGCUACAACUAACUAUUCAUUUCAGUAUGAGUCUGCAUGGUUAGUGCAUUACCCUGUCCAAGGCUGGCCAAAAUCUACAGCACGGUUUGCUACUGUCACCACUACAAAGCAUGGGAAGAUACAGAGGUUGCAUGCAGUCCAUAGUGUAGACACAAACUACAAUACAUAAGAAUGAAGUUAUGUAAAUCACAAAAAGUAGCCAACUAGGUAAUUGGCAAAUUAAAUGUGUUUUGGUUUACAUUAAUGAAUGUGCUGACAGAAAUUCUUGAAGUAGCCUUAUGCGUCCCAUGUGAUAUUUGAGACAAACAUGUCUCUGUAGAAGUUACUUUGUUUAAGGUACAUAUUUCUCCCUUCACCUAUUAUCAUAUCCUACUGAACAGGUCCAGCACUUUCAUUCAACAGUACACAGUAAUGCGAAGGGAGAAAAACAUGUUUAAAACUUGCAUUUUCCGAUUAAACAGUGUAUAAAAUAGC